AUGCUAUCAUCUUCAAGAUCACUGGUUCAGAUGAGAAGAGUUUCUCUCUCGAGAGCGUUCCGCAUCUCUGCCUCCCAGCUUAAGGCACAGGUGUUUAAGAUGCCUGCGAUGUCGCCAACCAUGGAUAAAGGUGGUGUUACUGAGUGGAAGUUCAAGGAGGGUGAGAGCUUCAGCAGCGGUGAUGUCCUAUUGGAGGUUGAAACGGACAAGGCACAGAUCGAUGUUGAAGCACAAGAUGACGGUAUCUUGGCGAAGAUUCUCGUUCAGAACGGUGGGAAGGAUAUCCCAGUGGGUCAGCCUAUCGCUAUAUUAGCAGAAGAAGGUGACGAUUUGGCAAACUUGGAGAUUCCUGAUGUGUCUGCACCUGCUGCUGCUGCUGCUGCUGCUCCAAAGACUGAGACGCCAAAGGCUCAGACUCCAAAGGCUGAAACGCCAAAACCAUCAACACCUGCUCCCUCAGGUACUUCAACCGUUGCCAAUCCAAAGCAAGUUCUCUUCCCAUCUGUGGCCACGUUAUUGGCUGAGAAUAACAUCUCUAGAGACGAUGCAAUUGCAAAGAUCAAAGCUACGGGUCCUAAUGGACGUUUGUUGAAAGGUGACGUUUUGGCAUACCUCGGAAAAAUUCCAAAGGACGCUGCGGAAUCAGUGGCAUCUUUUGUCAAUGUCCAUUCCAAGUUGGACUUGUCCAACAUUGAAAAGCAUGUCGUUGCUCAAAAGGUUGAAUCCGCCGCAACACCGGUAGAAAAUGCCAAAGAGAGCAAAGAAGAUGGUAAAGCCCAGAAAAAGCCAAAGGCUAAGGUUGAACCAAUUGUCAAGACAUUCCCAUUGGAACAUGUGCUGGCAUUCCAGAAGAGAGCUGUGGAACAAGGCUCUCCAUCCUUAUCGCUUAAGGAAUACAUCAAUGGCGCAUCUUCACGUGCUGAGAGAUACGCCUACCAAAGACACUCCAAGCCUUCGGACUAUUACGACCCAAUAUUUGAGGAUUUGGUUUCCCCAUCCCCAACUGUGGAGAGAUUCACAGUUAAAUUGGACAUUCCAAACGUUGCUAAUGCCAAGUCUAAACCAGCCACAAGUCAGCUAGACUUUGCAGAGGAUCUUUUCGCCACACCAUCCAAGUCUUCGCCAUCCACCUUUGGUGACCUAACCGUCACUCUGACUUUGAAGAACGUCUCGGACGCUAAGGACAAGGCCCAACUGUACUUGGACCAAUUGGAGAAGUAUCUCAGAGUCUAA